AAAGAAAAAAAAAAAAAAAAAGACAGAGACACGAUGAUAAAGUGGGUAUUCUCACAGUUGCUGUUGCUUCUUCUGUUUCUUUCCAAGCAUGGCUUCUCAAGACAUAUUGUCAAGAAUCUACCGGGCUACUCCGGCCAACUCCCCUUCACUCUUGAAGCUGGAUACAUAAGCGUGGGGGAUUCAGAGAUUUUCUACACGUUUGUUGAAUCUCAAGGAAAUCCGAGAGAAGAUCCGGUUAUACUUUACUUGACGGGAGGUCCUGGUUGCUCCGGCUUCCAUUCAUUUUUCUACCAAUCAGGUCCUCUUCAGUUCACUACUUACAUAGCCGAUGGAGUGCCGGGGCUGUCCCUCUACCCUUAUGCAUGGACUAAGAUGGCAAGCAUUAUAUAUAUUGAUGCACCUGUUGGGGCUGGAUUUUCCUACGUAAGAAAUUCAGGAAAGCUGACUGUAUCAGACUCUAAAGCAGGAUAUGAAAUUCAUAUGUUUGCAAGGAAGUGGUUCAGCGAACAUCCAGAAUUUAGUAAAAAUUCUUUCUAUAUUCUUGGCGAUUCUUACGCUGGCAUGUACGCUCCAUUGACUGCAUCCCAUAUCGUCAAUGGUAAUAGAGCAGGAUUAUUGCCGCAGAUAAACUUAGCUGGAGUGGUGGGUGGAUCUCCAUUUACAGAUGAGUUUCUUCAUGCUAAUGAUAAAGUGGAAAUGAGUCAUCGAUUAGGACUUAUAUCUGACGAAGUGUACGAGUCGGCCACAAAGAACUGCAACGGAGAUUAUGUUCAUGUGGAUUAUUCAUCCAACAGGCCAUGUUUUGAAGAUGUUAAGGCAGUCAAUGAGUCCAUUGCUGACAUAAAUGUAGAGAACGUAGUGCUCCCGAACUGUUGGUUUUUAACAUCAAAAUCAAAUCUUAAAGAAGCUCGAAGAUUUCUCCAACAGAAACCCACCAAUAUUCUCCCUCCUCACAACUCCAUUCUUGAUCCAGAUUUUUGUGCCGACACGAUUCUUCUUCAUGAACUGGCUCAAAUGUGGGCGAACAAUGAAAAAGUACAAGACGCUCUUCACGUUCGUAAAGGAAAAGUUAAAGAAUGGAUGAGGUGCAACAUUACGUAUAUAACAGAUGUAUAUAAGUAUGAUAUUGAAAGUGUUGUUGAUUACCAUCGCAAUCUUACCAAGGAAGGAUUACGAGUUUUAAUUUAUGGUGGUGAUCAUGAAACACUCGUAUCUUAUUACUCUACUCUACAAUGGAUAAGAAGUCUUGAUCUAACUCUUGAGAGUGCUUGGAGACCAUGGUCCGUGGAUGGUCAAACUGCUGGAUACACAUUGAAGUACAAAAAUUCGGAAUAUCGCCUUACUUAUGCUACCCUAAAAGGAGGAGGUCAUUCUCCCACGGAGACAAAUCGAAAAGAUUGUUACGAAAUGUUUGAAAGAUGGAUUCAUUCUCGCCCGUUAUAAAACAUAAUAUCUAUGAACCAAAAUCUUUGGGAAUUAUUCAAUGUUUUUGCCAUAUUGAGUAACUCACUUCAUCUUUUUAUUUUUUUUCCAAUGUUCAAAUAUUGUCUUGUAUCUCCAUUUGUAAGGUCUAAAGAUUUGACCA